GAUGGCCGCAAAGGCAGGGCAGUGAUUGGCUGCGGCGCUGGAAGUGCUCGGAUCUCGGUGCUGGCUUCGGGUUAGGUUGGCUGGCGGGGUUGUUUCGGGGGGGUCUGGAGGCCCCACCGGGGACCGGCCCGGGGGGUGAGGACGUGCAGCGGGAUCUCAGUACCAGUAGAAUGAGGAAUGAGAAGAAUAAUCGUCUACAAGAACCAGGAGGUAACGGAGAUGAGGACGGUGAAGCCAGAGUGAGACCACAAUACAUCCAGGUCUAACUGUGGAGUGACCAGUCCUUGUAUGUAAGCAUGCCGGAGAUGACUCAGAAUGCAAGUCCUACCAAAUCCAAGCAUAGGAAGAAAAACAGAGAGAGUCACAAUGAGGUGGAGAGACAUAGGAAGAAGAAAAUAAACUCUGGGAUCAAUCGGAUCGGGGACCUCAUCCCCUGCUCUCCAGCACUUAAGCAGAGCAAAAAUAUGAUUCUGGAACAGGCAUUCAAGUACAUCACAGAACUGAAGCGUCAGAACGAUGAGCUGCUACUAAACGGAGGGAACAAGGAGCAAGCCACUGAAAUCAAAAAACUGAGAAGAGAGCUGGCAGAGAUCCAAAAGGAAAACGCUCGGUACAUAGAAUUAUUGAAGAGCAAUGACAUCUGCUUAUACGAUGACCCGACGCUGAAUUGGAAAGGAAAUGCAAAAAACUCGAAGGCUUCACUGAUCGCUCCUGCCGACCAAGCUCCGAAACUUCCUCUCUGCCUAAACAGUAACCAACUGGGUUCUUCUAAUCAAGGCACCACCAUGCAUGGCAUCACCUUUAACAUAGGUCAUAACCUCCAAAAGCAAACGGCCAACGUUGUGCCAGUUCAGAGAGCAUGCAACCUGGUGACGCCAAUCACCAUUGCUGGGGUGUACCCUUUGGACAAAACAUUGCAACAAAAUUCAGCAAUGUCAACCACUGCAGGUCAUGUUGAAUCAAGUCUUCCUGUGACCACAACACAGAGCACAGUAAACCUCAUCCUGUCCAAGGGCACAGAAGCCGUACAUACUCCAAGCAGCUCUGCCAGUUCAUUACCUCUUAUGACUAGUACAGUGGGUACCAUGACAUAUUCUUCCCAAGAAGGAAAUGGUGCAAAAUGUUCUAUCGGGCAAAUUGUUGACACAGUGCCCAAGACUGUUGUAUCCAUUAGCAGCAGUCUCCCAUCACAAGUAUCGCAAGCCAACGUGCCUGGAAUAAAUGUGCAGGCGUCUUCAGAUGCUCAUGAGAACACGUCUGGAGCUCAGCAAUGUGUUGAAUUUGGAAAGGUUGUAGAGAGAGAAAGUUUACCCAUCGUUGAUAUUGGAUCGAGCUUGGGGAUUGCCAUGAAUCUGAGAGAAAUAAAUUCAUCUGUAGAUGUUCAGGCAGGUUCCAGUGUGUCCGUGCUGCCUGCGUCUUCUCUGGAGAACAGCUGGUCGCUGUCCUCUGCAUUACCGGAUCUGAAAAGUGUUGGGAGUCUGUCUCGAAUCCCAUCGGAUGGAAAUACUCAAACGACAUGGACUACGUUGCAGCUUGCUGGAAACACCGUGCAGCCAUUGAGUCAGUCCUCUGUUAUUACUACAGCACUGAGCGAACAGCCAACCGCCUCCAAAGAUACCUUGAAUACCCGGCCAGUUACAACUUGCAUAAACCUGAGCAAUGUGGCCUCCUCUGAAGUCAAGCCUGUGGAGCAAGUAAUGGUCAAAAUGCCUUCUUGUCAGCCUGUACAAGUUCAGUCGCUCAUAAGCCAGCCACAGCCACAAAGCACAAAUAUCCUUCCCCUUCAUCCACCUGUGCAGGUAAUACAGGUGGCUCAGCCAUUUGGUUCUGCAAUAAAUCCAUCACCAGCCAACCAGAACAUUAUAUUACUUCAACCACCAGCACCUGCACCUCGCCCGCCUGUUCCUAAAGCCCCUGUGGGGCAGCAAAUAGUUAUAAUCCAAGCGACCCCUAACCAAAACACACUCCCUAUUAUGACAGCUCAGCCAACCCCGUCUGUGGUUAUGCCCAUCAAUGCAACCAAUCCAGUCAUAUGCCCUUCAAACCCUGUACAAGGCACAGUAAUACCACAGACAUUUGGUGGUAAGCACCUUGUUCAUAUAUUGCCCAGGCCUACCCCUGUUCAGCCAUCUAGCACCACACAGCAAGUGCCUGUGUCCACAGCUGCACCAAACCAGCAGCCACCAACCAUUUCCCUCAAUGGACAAUUAUUUGCACUGCAGCCCAUGAAUCCUUCAGCUGGAUCCUCCAACCAAUCCCCUAUGCAAAUUAUCCAGCCAACGACUAAUGAAGAUCCUAACACAAAUGUAGCGCUUAACACCUUUGGUGCUUUGGCCAACCUCAGUCAGAACAUAUCUCAGAUGGCGGGUCAGAAUUGCCUGCAGUUAACUCUCAACCCCCCUGCACCAGCUACUGUAAGCUCCAGCACCAUACCAGGCAACUGUGUUUCCAUGUCUGGAUCCAACAUGACGCCCACAGUUGCUGACACAUCUUCUGCUUCAUCUGUAACAACCAAACCUUUAUUGGUGAAAUCUGUAAGUGCUACGCCAGCUAAUGCAAAGCCAAAAAAGACAAUCAAGAAACCUACAGCAAAAAAAGGAGCCAAAAAGGAUUCCACUGCAACAAGUAAACCAGAUUCAUCUUGUCCAGAAGCUCUGAAAACUCAGACCAAUAAGGACCCUCAGAAUGAGAAGGAGAAAGUCACUGUCUUGGCACCGCAUUCAACCACAGAGGAGAAGGCAGAUGUGGCAGUAGCUCAGUCCAUAGAAAAUGUAAUAAAUAGUAAAACUGGUGAAGUCCUAAAUUGUGAAACCUCAGAAGGCGAAGCAGCAACAUCAGAACAAAGACGUGAUGAGCGAUUGCCGAGACAAGACUCUUCUGUAACCCAGAACGAGCCCAGGCAGACUACAGAACCAGAGUGUUUUAAGGGGCUUGUAGAAACCAGCAGUCAUCCUGUGAAUAGGGAGACCCUUCAAGAGGCUCUCGUCACAGAGGUUUCUCAAGAGUCCAAUGAAUUGACCACUGGUAAAAAUUCAGACCCAGCUGCAGCUUCCAGACCUUGCCAAGUAGAAGACUCUUCAACUCUAACUGCUGCUGACUUGUUGGAAGCACAGAUAUUGACCGAUGACCCAAGCGAGAAAUCAUUCCCUUUAAAGGGAGACUCGAAGGAUCUGGACAGUCACAGAACAUUGUUCAGAAAAGUACAAGCAAAAGAGCCUACGUCAGUGAGUGAAACAAGCCCAGAACCUAUUAUUACCAACCCCACUGUUCACAUUGCACCAAACCAGACCAAUAUCUCUGAGCAAGACAGUGGUAGCAACUCAUCUGCCAUCAGUCGACAGACUGACUCCCCCUUGUCCAGUAGUUCUGCUAGUAGCCGUAAUUUCUCAGUGGCCUCCAUGUUGCCAGAUACCAACCGAGAUGAUGUGGUCAGCGGUGGGGCAUCAUUAGGGCCACCAUUUAAUGGGUGUGGAUUUUCUGAGCACAAUGAUAUAGUUGCAGUUGCCGCAAGAGUUAUUUUUGACCAGGAAACUCUUUCGAAAGGAAGAUCGAGGGUACAGGCAGAAGUUAUAGACUCUGUUCCCAGGAAUUCCGAAGCAGAAAUGUUGCCUCCAGACUGUCGACUCCCUUUCAAGCCCCACAUGGCCAAAGAAAACAUUUCUCGACUUCCGCCUUCAUCCAAUUCUUUCAGUGCUCUGGACAGUAGCGCCCAUCCUUGUGUCGAUCAUUUGGUAACUGAGAAAAGUAACUGUUCAGUUGUGAAUUCCACCAGCCUGUCAUUACACAUUUCCACUUCUCAAUCACAGAGUGUCACGAGUUUGAGCAUAAAUAAUUUAAUACGCUCUGGCGGUGUUAACCAUUCGGGGAACUGUGCAGGUGCGUUGCCGACCUCUGAACACAUGUCUAUGCCGCCGUCCACCAAUCCUUCUGUGUCCUCCAGCACUUACGACAGUCAGACAGAGGUUACGACUGUUCUGUCGGACUAUGCACAUGAACAGCUACAUUCGAUGAGUUCAGCUGUUAUGCAGGUGUCUCAGACUACGGUGCCCCAGCUAAAACAAACGCUAGAUGGAAGAAAAGAGUCAAACAAACGUUCGGCUCAUGAGGAUGGGUUACUUUCUGCUGCCAAGAGACAAAAACAGUGUCAAACUCCUAUUAGGCUUGAACGAUUGCAGCCCUCAGACAGUGUUGGAGAGACCAAUGAAGUAUUGGUUAGCCAUGUUUCGUCCAACUCCUCUUCAUCAUCAAUAUCUGUAUCUAGUAGUGUCCAAAGCCACAGUGAGGGACUUUCUAAUCUGUUCACUCCAAAUAAUAACUUUGUAAACUCGACUCUAAGACAAACUGAUCUACGUUGCAGUUCACAGCCUUCUAUAUCCGAACAGAGUCAUAUGGGGAACCAACACCUUCAACCUUUGCAGUCAAACCAACAUCAGAUACCACUUCAUAGUAACAAUCCGUACUUAAAGCAACAGCAGCAACAAGCAGGACAUUUGCGUGACCAUCACCACUUGUAUCAGCAGCAGCAGCAACAAGUCCCACACGUGGAACGCUCCAUCCGCUCUCAGUCUCAUAACAUUCAGCAACAAAGAAUGAUACAGCAGGAUGUUCAGAUGCAAAAGAAACAGAACGCUGUCCAAGGUGCUCAGGCCGCACGACUGUCUCUUCAUCAGAAACAUCUCACAGAGCAGAAUCGGCAUAAGAGCGGUCAACCCAAUCAUCAGCAGCUCCAGCAGCAGCAGAUCUCCUCUCAUUUUGGAAGCGCACAAGCAGAGAAAACAUGUGAGAAUAAUGCACCCUCCCGGGGUCUCCAUGUAACCCACCCACAAGGCCAUGUGAGUCAGGAUAUACUUCAUCAACAUCAACAGGAUAUCAGCCGCUCGCAAGGAUCUAUUGUGUCCUCUGACCACUUAUCAGGUCACAGCCAAGUCCAAAGACUUAUGACCUCUAGGAGUUUAGAGCAGCAGAUGGCUUCCCAAGCUAGUGUUGUUCCCCGGCCUUCAAACAUGACGUGUGCACCUCACAGGCAGGAAAGGAACAGAGUUUCCAGUUACUCUGCUGAAGCUUUGAUAGGCAAGAGCACUUCCAAUUCAGAACAGAGAAUUGGAGUGUCAGUCCCAGCUUCGAGGUUAUCGGAGCACAUCGAAAUGCGGAAGUAUCUGGACGUAUCUAGAAACAAAGUGAUACCACCCCAUAACCUUCAGGGCCACAUGUCCAUUGAACAUGCCAUCAAUUCAGAGUCUCAGAGGCUUCCCGACUGUCAGACCUUUAAGUCGGGAAGCCUAAAUCAGCAGCAGCCAGCUUCCUUCGAAAUUCAGACAUCGAGAAACAAUGAAGGUGGCACCAAUGCCAAUAUCAGAGGAUUGCAGUCACAAGGUUAUAGGAGCAGCCAGAAUCCUAAUUCGGCAAUGGAUCGGCAAAAGCACCUUCCCUACCAAACAGCCCAAGAAGUGUCCAUUGCAAAUACCCUUUCCAUUCGAGAGAAUGAAAAUUCUUGUCACCAAAGCUUUAUGCAGAGUUUGUUAGCGCCUCAUAUCGGAGACCAAGUUGUGGCGAGUCAGAGGUCAAUAUCUAGUCAUCAAAGGACGCAGUACAACUCCUCCAGCAUUGAGUUCACUUGCCCCCCGACCCGUGAGUCUCUGCACCUCCGGAGUGAAGGACAGAACCGAGAAAGCUGUGACCUGGUGAUGGGACAAGUGAACUCUAGGAACAAUUCCUUAAAUAUUCCUUUCUCCAGUUCUUCCUCCUCUGGAGAUAUCCAGGGCCGGAAUACAAGUCCUCACAUUUCCAUGCAAAAGUCUAAUUCUGUCCAACCGUCUGAUGGGCAGGCCAAGAACCAACUAAAUAUACAAGUUUCCAUUAACAUGCAUGGAGUGGUCCAUCCACCUAUUCCUCAUCAGUCUAUUUCCCAUGGAAAUGGAGAUCAGAGGCAAACAGUGAGGCAGGCUAAUCCCCCAAUAGCCCAGCGUUCUAGACAUCCCUUACAAGAGGAACCUGAUUCCAAAACUCGUCAACCUGAAAGAAACAGAUCAGGGAACCAAAGACACAGCAAUAUGUUCGACUCCACCCUGCCUCACCUCCCACUCGCCGGCCCAGGUAGCAUGAUUCUUGGCCGUCAGCAGCCCGUUACAGAAAAGAGGGCCGGUAUUGUCCGCUUUAUGCCUGAUGGCCCUCAGGUGUCCACUGACAAUCCAACUCCUGACCAACAUACACUCACCCAGAAUUUCGGCUUCCCAUUCAUCCCAGAGGGUACAAUGAACCCACCGAUUAACCCAAAUGCAUCUUUCAUUCCUCCUGUUACGCAGACGGCGGCCACACGGACACCGGCCCUUAUACCUGUAGAUCCACAGAACACGUUACCUUCUUUUUACCCUCCAUAUUCACCGGCUCACCCGAGUUUGUCCAAUGACCUCACCCUACCUUAUUUCUCCAACCAGAUGUUUCCUAAUCCCAGCACCGAAAAGCCCAACAGCAAUAGGUUUGGCUCCAUAUUGUCCCCGCCGAGGCCUGUCGGCUUCUCACAAGCCACAUUCCCUCUACUCCCAGAAAUGCCCCCAAUGCACAUGGCCAACCCCUCGCACUUGUCCAACUUCAACUUGACCUCCCUCUUUCCAGAAAUUGCCACGGCUCUCCCUGCUGAUGGCUCAGCGGUGUCUCCCUUACUUUCCAUUUCGCACCCUUCUGCUUCCGACUCUUCCAAGCAGUCUUCAAACCGUCCAGCACACAAUAUAAGCCAUAUAUUGGGACACGACUCUAGUUCAGCGGUGUAACGUUCCUCAUAAUUUGGUUUCUGUGUGCCUUUCCCUUUUUGUGACCAGAUCAUGUGGAUUUCUCCUGUUUUUUUUUUUUCUUAAUGUUGGAAUGUUUUUGAAUUCUUCGAAGUCUCUGUAUCUAUCAAUUGGAUUCCAUCCACAUUUCCAUCACCCGUUUCCAUCAACAUUUCUCUCUUCCGAGUUCCUGGCAUUUGAUCAGUUUAACCCAUAGGUGUUCCACUUUUGUUAACUUAAAGUGGAAAACUUAUUAUUUUUUUUUAUUUUUUUGUUAAUGAACUGAUGCCAGAAAGUUAAACAGAUUUGUAAAAAUCUUUACCCUUCCAGUACUUUUUAGCAGCUGUAUGCUACAGAUUAUUUUCUUUUGAAUUUUGUUUUUGUCUUGUGUACAGUGCUCUCUGCUGAUAUCUCUGUCCGUGUCAGGAACUGUCCAGAGCAGCAUCGGUUUGCUAUGGGGAUUUUCUCCUGCUCUGGACAGUUCCUGAUAUGUGCAUCAGGUGUCAGUAAAGAGCACUGUGGACAAGACAAAAAAGAAAUUCAAAAGGAAAAGAAUUUCCUCUGUAGCAUACAACUGCUAAAAAGUACUGGAAGGGUAAAGAUUUUUUAAUAGAAGUAAUUUACAAAUCUUUCUGGCACCAGUUGAUUAAAAAAAAAAAUGUUUUCCAUCGGAGUACCCCUUUAAUGUUAACACCCUCCAGUUCUGUACAUGACGCUGUCUCAUUGAAGUCUUGUGUUUUUUUUUUUUUUUUCUUCUUGUUUGUUACUUUGCUUCUAUUUUUCUACAACAUGUAUACUUGUAUAUUCUUGGAUAUAACAUGGGGACACCCCUGUGUGAUGUAUCGCCUCAUAGUUUGCAUAUUUCUUUGCCAGAAGCAAGAUUUAAAAAAAAAAAAAGAAAAAAGUUUGUAAACUUUGAGAAUUAGGUUUUAUUUAGAUUUUGUUUUUGUUUUUGAUCAAAGUUUUGGAAAUUGUAUUAAGUAUAUUUUAUUUUUUUUUUAUCAAAGUUUUCAAAAUUGAGUUCUUGUCGUCAUUAUUUCGAAAAUUAUCGAUUUAUAAAAUUGAUAUAAAAAAAUAUGAUCAUAAUUUCUAAAACUUUGAUUUAAAACCAUAAUAAUAAUUCUGAUCAUUUCCAAAACUUAUUUCAAAAACUUUGAUUAAAAAAAUCUUUUUUUUGAUGGAAUAUAUGAAAUAUGACUUAAAGUGUCGGCUGAGUCGGGGACCCCUACAGAACAUGACGGGGGUCCCAGCAUUCAGUGCCCCCCCCCCCCCCCCCGGUGAUUCUGUGGAUAGGGGAUACGUAUCUAUGGCUGCAGCUCUUUAAAUCUUUUCAGGAAGGAUGCUGCAGCUUUUGAAUUACAACUCGGAAAUUUUUUUAUUGAAUUUUGACUUUGUUCAUCCAUGUUCCUAUGCAAAUGGUGAAAAAAUACUCAUUUAGAAAAGCUAGGGGUUGAGGGCCACCGUGCAACAUGCAAGUAGGGUUUAUGUUGGCUUCCUAUCGUUUUUUGACAGUUUGCAGUACCCAGACUUCUCUUGUUGGCAUCACUGUUGCAUUCAAUGUAAUCCUUCCAUUGCCUGAGUUGAGCAUCAAAGGUAGAGCCUUAAGCUGUGCAUAAUCCUAUGUAACCUAAUGGUCAUUGGCCACAUGACCCGGCAGCUGUCUUGGUAUUUGUGCCAAUUUUUGCACAUCGUCUACGCUUCCAUUUUCAACCUUACUUUUUGUUUUCUCACCGUCAUCCAUUUUUAUCUGGUCCCAACACUCUUCUCAUGUCUAUUCGAAAUACAGAUUUAAGCGAUAAGUAGCAAAAUAUUUUUAGUUAAGGGGGUGUCUAAUAUGAGUUCACAUGUGAUGUCAUCACUGUUGGGUGAUGUCACAGGCUUUUGGUUUUCUGUAUGGGAAAAGUGUUUCGGAAGUGGAAUAAAAACACCUUCACGGGCCACGUACGCCGACACGUUUGUAUGUAGGGAAUAAAGGGACUCUAUUUUGAAAAUUCAGAUUUCAGUGUAAUUAGGGGCGGGGCCAUCACACCAUGGAGAACCCAGCCUUAUAGGUCAUGCAAUUGAUUUGCACUCCAUAGUAACCUCAAAGCAUUGGUCUCUAAACUGUGGACCUCCUGAUGUUGCAAAACUACAACAAGUUGUAGUAUUGCAACAGACUUAGGCCCUAUAGCCCCACCUCCACAUUUCAUUGUAUGUAUUAUACUGUACAUAUGUAGAUUUCCAAGGAGCUCGGCCUUCCUUGCCCGCGUCUCCGCUGUACAUGUUGUGUAUAGUUCUUUAUACUUUUUUGGAAAUUUUAAGAUGAUGGCAGCCAAUUCAAUUUCAGAAUUACAUUUUUUUCUGUUUCGCCAGUGGGUUAGGGGACAACUCGAUAUUUGUUCUUUUUUUUUUUUCUAUUGCUUCUUUGGUACUUGGCAAAUCUCAUGGUACUCUUUUUUUUUUUUUUAUCUUAUUUCCGAUGAUUUCUAUUUAAUGUACGACUCCAGUUGUAAUAAUUCUUUGUAAAGAACUGAACAUAUUUUAUUAGUAAAAA